AUGUCGAAUCCAACAAGAGGCAUAUUUAGCGCCGCGAGCUCCCCCAGAGGUUGUGGACGCAGACGCGGACACGGAGGUGGACUCCGGGGUGUGAGAGGUUUUGCUGGGCAACCUACUCGAGGUCGCGGUCGAGGCCGGGAAAUCGUUGCAGACGGACGUGCGAACGAACGCGCACAACUACGAGCUAUCUCCCAUGAAACGAAAGCAGUCAUCCCGGACCAGAAAUGGUGCCCCAAGUUCAGCGGGACUAAAAUUCAGGUCCUCGAUGCGGAUACCUUUGAUGCCGGCAUCCGACUACUCAGUGACAGCAACGGUGAUAAUAACCAGUCGGGCUCCCCAGUGACAGAUGUCACCGUCUUGAACAUGGCUGGUGAUUUUGUUCCAGGCGGCGGUUGGCUCAGCGGCGCCCGAGCACAGGAAGAAGCAUUAUGCAGACGCAGCACGCUCACCGCAUCCCUUAAACGAUAUUUCUACCCAACACCUUCUAGUGCCGUGAUCUACAGCCCGGCCGUCAUUGUAUUCAGAAACAAUUUAAAGGAUGGCCAUGGUUUGAUGGAUUUUUUGCAAAUCCCAACGAUCGCGAUCGCACCAAGGAGAAGAUGCGCGUUAUUCUUCGACUCUCUGCGUGGAAGAGGUAUCGGAAAUUGGUUUUGGGUGCGCUUGGGUGUGUGGCGCCUUUAGAAACCCCCCCGAGGAGGUUGCCAACUGUGGGGCAGAGGUAUUUUCGGAGCCUGAGUUCCGCGGGGGUUGGUGGGAGAAGGUAGUGUUUGCUGUGAUAGAUGAGACGGGCUUAGGAGAGCAGGGGCAUGGGAAUGUUGGGAUAUUUUUCCGAAGGUUGGAUGGGAUUGAGAUAUGAUAUGAGUUUCACCUACUCAUAUGUUCCUGUUUUUGUAUUUAUGGCCUAACUUACCUCUGGACUGCAGCAUGGCAAUACAUUACGGAUUUCAAG